AUGGCUCUUGUCGACAAGGCCAGCGACCAUACCGCAGGUCUCAGAAUGAACGAGAAGCCAUCAAUCGGCGCAAACAAGCCAUUCCCAGCACCCCUUCCACCUUCAGAAGACUAUGUGGUCGAUUUCGAAGGACCAGAUGACCCCGAGCAUCCCCAAAACUGGAGACCGUCUACCAAACUAUUCACCUCCAUCCUAGUCUGCUCAGGAACAUUCAUAGUCUCCCUCACCAGCGCCAUCUUCGCCCCAGGAAUCGACAAAGCAAGCAAAGCCCUCGACGUCGGCACCGUCGUCUGCGGCCUCGGAACAACCCUCUACGUCCUGGGCUUCGCCUCCGGGCCUCUCAUCUGGGCCCCGGCCUCAGAGCUACGAGGCAGAAAAUGGCCGCUGACGAUUGCCCUGUUAGGCGGCGGCAUCUUCACCAUCGCAUCCGCAGUCGCGAAAGAUAUCCAGACGCUAAUCAUAUGCCGGUUCUUCGCGGGAAUGUGCGGUGCAAGCCAGCUUACUGUCGUGCCGGGCGUGUUGGCGGAUUUGUUUAGUAAUGCGACGCGCGGUGCCGCGAUCUCGCUGUAUGCCCUGACGGUAUUUGUGGGCCCGUUCAUGGCUCCCUUUAUCGGCGGCUUUAUUGCGUCCAGUAGUCUGGGCUGGCGGUGGACGCUUUACAUACCCGCCAUUCUGAGUCUGGUAAAUGGGGCUGUGAGUUUGCUCUUUUUGAACGAGACGUAUCCUCCUUGCUUGCUUGCGGCGAAGGCUGCUGCUAUUCGAAAAGAGUCGGGGAAUUGGGGCGUGCAUGCUAAACAGGAGGAAGUUGAGGUUGACUUUGCACAGCUUGCGGAGAAGUAUUUUACUCGACCGCUGAAGUUGCUGUUUAUGGAACCGAUUAUCCUUGUGGUAUCAAUGUAUAUGUCCUUCAUCUAUGGCCUUGUCUAUGCGCUUCUGGAGGCAUAUCCUUUUGUGUUCGAAAGUGUCUAUGGAAUGAAUCCUGGGAUCGCUGGUCUGAUGUUCGUUGGCUUGAUUAUCGGUGUACUACUGGCCUGUGCCUUCAUUCUUUUUGGCCAGAUCACAUAUGCGAAGAAGCUUGCAGAAAACAAGGGUGUUCCGGUACCCGAGUGGCGCCUUGCUCCCACACUUCUUGGGGCGCCUGUCUUUACAAUUGGUCUCUUUUGGUUUGGAUGGACCGGAUUCACCUCGCAGAUCCAUUGGGCUUCGCCUGCUGCCGCUGGAAUAAUGAUUGGAUUUGGGGUCCUGUGUAUCUUUCUUCCAUGCUUCAACUAUAUUGUUGAUGCCUACUUGCCAGUCGCUGCUUCAGCUGUUGCUGCCAACAUUAUUCUUCGAUCAGCUGUUGCCGCCGGCUUCCCUCUAUUUUCAAGACAAAUGUUCCAAAACAUGGGGAUUCAAUGGGCUGGCACUCUACUCGGCUGCUUGGCCGCGAUCAUGAUCCCGAUCCCGAUCAUAUUCAGGACUUAUGGACCGAUGCUGCGAGGGAAAAGCAAAGUUUUCUCGUAG